AUGCCUACCGCCGUACCUCUCCCCGACGCGCAGAUACCGACCCAUCCACCAGAUCUUUCAAAGAAGCUGCCUAAACUUACGCCUCGCCGUCGAAUUCAACCAGAAGAGUCACCCUCAAACGCUCCGCCGACACCAGCACUGCCACAGAAACCAAGUCUUGAAGGACACAAGUUCUUGAAGCCUAGCAGACGGAUUCUUUCCGAACGCGAUCAUGAACUCUUCAUUGCGUCGCCGACUCACAACCUCAUCGUCAGCUUUGUCUUCACCCUCUCCGACUCGGUCCGCGAUACCACCAUCAGCAAUGUAGCCAAAUCAACUGCGGCUCAAGAUCCAGCGAUUGUAGCACUCCUGGCUGUGCUAGACGAAGCGGAUGCGAUCCUCAAACAACAUCCAGCGUUGGACACUGGCUCGCGUUUUGGAAACCCAGCUUUCCGGGACUUCCUCGCAUCUGUCGAGAACACACUCCCCUCUUGGCACGAUAAGCUAGGAGUGAAAGACCAAGAGGCACAGCAAGAAGUUGGAACGUAUCUGGCAAAUGCGUUUGGAAAUGGAUCGAGGAUAGACUAUGGCAGCGGACACGAGCUCAACUUCAUCCUAUGGCUCCUCUGUCUGCGACAGCUAUCCGUGGUCAAAGAGGAGACAUUCCCAGCUCUCGCCCUGCUGGUAUUCCCCCGAUACCUCAAAGUCAUGCGUGACGUACAAAGCACCUACUACCUCGAACCCGCGGGCUCGCACGGAGUAUGGGGUCUAGACGACUACCAAUUCCUCCCCUUCCUCUUCGGCGCCAGCCAACUGGUCAACCACAAACACAUCCGGCCCCUCAGCAUCCACAACGACCUAAUCGUCGAAGAAUGCAGCAAAGACUUCCUCUACCUCGACCAAAUCCACUGGGUGAACUCCACAAAGACAGUCCAAGGCCUCCGUUGGCACUCCCCGAUGCUGGACGACAUCUCAUCCGCGAAAUCCUGGGCGAAAGUCGAAGGCGGGAUGCGGAAGAUGUUUUUUGGUGAAGUUCUGAGGAAAUUGCCUGUAGCGCAGCAUUUCUUGUUUGGGUCUUUGCUGCCUGCUACGGAGGCUAUGAGUAAGGAUGCGGAGGAGAGGGUUGGCGAGGACGAUGUGGGUGAGGUGGAGGUUACAGUUGAUGGGAUGAAGCAUGUGCAUAGCGCGAAUAGUUGGGGGGAUUGUUGUGGGAUUAAGGUCCCUAGUGCUGUUGGUGCGAGGUUGGAGGCGAGGAAGAAUGGGGAGGGGGGACAGUUGAGGAGGGUGCCGUUUGAUUAG